AUGAAGCGACGCGCAGAGAGCCCCCUCCCAACCACCGACAGCCCCCAAAAGAAAGUCAUGACCGACGCCAACGGCACCGGCAAGAUGGACCUUGACGCCCCGCCGCAGGCGCAGGUCGCGCAGCUCAAGGAUGCCAGCAACGGCGAGAUCGACGAGUCGCUGUACUCGCGCCAGCUGUACGUGCUGGGCCACGAGGCCAUGAAGCGCAUGGGUUCCUCGAACGUCCUCAUCGUCGGGCUGCGCGGUCUCGGUGUCGAGAUUGCCAAGAACGUGGCGCUGGCCGGUGUCAAGAGCUUGACUCUCUACGACCCUAAGCCUGCUGCUAUUCAGGACCUCUCGUCUCAGUUCUUCCUCCACCCGGAGGAUGUGGGCAAGCCGCGAGCGGCCGUAACCCAGCCCCGCGUGUCGGAGCUCAAUCCAUACACUCCUGUCGAUAUUCACCCGUCUGACAGCCUCACCAGCGAUCUCAGCCAGCUCAAGCGGUACCAGGUUGUUGUACUGACAGAUACUUCGCUCAAAGACCAGAAGACCAUCGCAGAGUACUGUCACGAGAACGGCGUCUACGUCGUCAUCACUGAUACCUAUGGUCUCUUCGGUACCAUCUUCACUGACUUCGGCAAGAACUUCACUGUCGGCGACCCCACGGGCGAGAACCCACUCAACGGCAUCGUUGCUGGUAUCGAUUCGGAGGGCUUGGUGUCGGCGUUGGACGAGACACGUCACGGUCUAGAAGAUGGAGACUUUGUCACAUUCUCAGAGGUGGAAGGCAUGGAGCAGUUGAACGAUGGCACACCGCGGAAAAUUACAGUCAAGGGGCCAUACACUUUCUCAAUUGGCGAUGUGUCGGUCCUGGGAGAGUACAAGCGCGGUGGACUGUACCAGCAGGUCAAGAUGCCCAAGAUUCUGGACUUUGAGCCUCUGAGCAAGCAGCUCACCAAGCCGGAGUUGAUGAUGUCCGAUUUCGCCAAGUUCGACCGUCCUGCACAGCUCCAUGUGGGGAUUCAGGCUUUGCACGCGUUUGCCGACAGCCACAAUGGCGAGUUCCCACGAUCGAUGAAUGAUGCGGAUGCGGCAGAGGUGUUGAAGCUUGCGCAGGAGAUUGCAAAGACUCAAGAGGAGGUGCCGGAGUUGGACGAGAAGAUCAUCAAGGAGUUGUCAUACCAGGCGCGAGGUGACCUGUCGCCCAUGACUGCUCUGUUUGGUGGUCUUGCGGCGCAGGAGGUGCUCAAGUCGGUAUCGGGCAAGUUCCAUCCCAUCAAGCAGUGGAUGUACUUCGAUUCCCUGGAAUCCCUGCCUACCAACUCGAAUCGCACCGAAGAGCUGUGCAAGCCUCUUGGUACCCGAUACGAUGGCCAGAUUGCAGUGUUUGGCAAGGAAUUCCAGGACAAGAUUGCAAACAUCAAGCAGUUCCUUGUCGGUGCUGGUGCGAUUGGCUGUGAGAUGCUGAAGAAUUGGGCAAUGAUUGGACUUGGUACCGGACCGAACGGCCGCAUCACUGUCACCGACAACGACCAGAUCGAGAAGUCCAACCUCAAUAGACAAUUUUUAUUCCGUUCCAAGGAUGUUGGCAAGCUCAAGAGUGAGUCUGCUGCCACUGCGGUGCAAGCCAUGAACCCGGAUUUGAAGGGCAAGAUUCAGAUGAUGAAGGACCUCGUCGCCCAGAGCACAGAGCACGUCUUCAACGAGGACUUCUGGGAGAGCUUGGAUGGUGUGACGAACGCUCUGGACAAUGUCGACGCCCGUACAUAUGUCGACCGUCGGUGUGUCUUCUUCCACAAGCCACUACUCGACAGUGGUACUCUCGGUACCAAGGGCAACACGCAGGUCGUGCUGCCUCGCCAGACGGAGUCGUACUCCAGCUCACAGGAUCCUCCCGAGCAGUCGUUCCCGAUGUGCACGCUUCGUUCAUUCCCCAACCGUAUCGAGCAUACGAUCGCCUGGGCCAAGGACCUCUUCCACACACUCUUCGCCGGCCCGGCUGAGAUUGUCAACACCUACAUCACCUCGAAGGACUACCUUGGGUCGGCUCUCAAGCAGUCCGGCAAUGAGAAGCAGACUCUCGAGACUCUUCGCGACUUCCUCGUCACGGAGAAGCCCGAGAGCUUCGAUGACUGCAUUGAGUGGGCACGCACGCAGUUCGAGAAGCAGUACAACAACGCCAUCCAGCAAUUGCUGUACAACUUCCCCAAGGACUCCAAGACCUCUUCUGGUCAGCCCUUCUGGUCAGGUCCAAAGCGUGCCCCUGACCCACUCAAGUUCGAUCCCAACAACCCAACUCACUUCUCAUUCAUCCUCGCCGGCGCCAACCUUCACGCCUUCAACUACCACAUCAAGCCCAACAACGACCGCCAGUACAUCAACAACGUUCUGGACCGCAUGAUCGUGCCAGACUUCAAGCCUGAUCCAGGUGUCAAGAUUCAGGCAGACGACAAGGAGCCUGAUCCAAACGCCAAUGGUCCCGCUGAUGACAACGAGCAGCUAGAGCAGAUUGCCAAGUCACUGCCGCCGCCAAAGUCUCUCGGCGACUUCCGCCUGGAGCCUGUGGAGUUUGAGAAGGAUGAUGAUACGAACCACCACAUCGACUUCAUCACCGCUGCUUCGAAUCUGCGUGCCGAGAACUACAAGAUUGUGACGGCCGAUCGGCACAAGACCAAGUUCAUUGCUGGCAAGAUCAUUCCGGCCAUCGCCACCACCACCGCAUUGGUUACCGGUCUUGUGGUCCUUGAAUUGUACAAGAUCAUCGAUGGCAAGGACGACAUCGAGCAGUACAAGAAUGGUUUCGUCAACUUGGCGCUUCCAUUCUUUGGCUUCUCUGAGCCAAUUGCCAGCCCCAAGGGCAAGUACCAAGGACCAAACGGCGAGGUCACCAUCGACAAGCUGUGGGAUCGCUUCGAGUCGGAAGAUGUCACGCUGCAGCAGUUCAUUGACGACUUCAAGGCCAAGGGUCUUACCAUUAGCAUGAUCAGCUCGGGCGUGAGCUUGUUGUAUGCUUCCUUCUACCCUGCUGCGAAGAACAAGGAGAGAUUGCCGAUGAAGAUGUCCAAGCUCGUGGAGCACAUCAGCAAGAAGCCCAUCCCCGAGCACCAGAAGAACGUCAUCUUCGAAAUCACCGCCGAGGACGAGACGGAGGAGGAUGUCGAGAUUCCGUACGUUAUGGUCAAGCUGCAGAAGUAG